AACAUAUGAUUGCUGCUUUAGGCCCUUUUGAACAACUCUACUACUACUACUACUCUACCGACUGUAAGACACAUGAGAACUGCUCGAAACAUGAUACCGUUAAUUGCUGUAAACACGACUACGGCUAUGCUACCGACUGUUAAUUGGAGACAUGCAAGUACUGCUUGCAAACAAUACUGCACAUCGGGGACAAGUGAGUAGCGCUUGCAACGCGACUACUACUAUGCUACUGGCUGUUAAUCGGCGGCACGAGUACUACUACUUGAAACACGAACAGCGCCAUGCGACCGUCAAUGGGUGCCUCCCUCGACAGAGUACUGCUUGAACACUUCUACUACUCUUACACAGCCGAAUUACCUAAUGGCGUUCGACAGGGAGAAAUUUGGAUUGUGUCUCGCCGAUUAUGACCAACAUAACAUCGUAUGGAUUGUGCUUGACAGAUGAAGUCCUGAAAUCGGGGUCGUCGGUGUAACUCGAGACCAAUCGAAAGGUGCCGGCGUACCCCGUGAAUUGCCACGGCCUCACCUUGCCGGAGGCCGUCGGCAAAGCGAAAGAGGGCCGCCGGAUCCUCCACGAGCGGCUGCGAACCUCGGACGGCCAACUCGACGACUGCGUCAUCCGAUGCAGUCAAUCGUCAAAACUAUUCAAUUCAUUCGUUUUCGUCACUUCCGGAACUUUCUAAAAUCUUCACCCUCUUGUGGAGCCAAUAAAUGAGCAGACAAUACUAAAUAAAAAAAUAAAUACAAUGAAAAUAAUAUUUUCCUCAGGUGACAGUAUACAAAAAAAAAUCAUUUGUUGUCAACAUAAAUAACCCACAUAAAUAUACGGUUUAAAAAAAUUGUUAGGAAUAAUAAUCUGCAUGUCAAAUAGUACAUACAAAAUAAAAUUACACAAAUAUAAAUAUACAAACAGCUAAAUAUGAAGUGUAAUUUAUUAAAGAACCCAAAGAUAAAAAUACAGUACACUAUGAAUAAAAACUAAACAUUGUCAGAAUCUGUCAACAUGAAUAACCAACACAUAAUUCAAUACAAAUAUCAUCAUUAGUAUACAAUUACUACAUAAAUCAACUUUUGUUUAAUAAAACACUCGGACGCGUAAUAAACAGAUCCAGCAGGAGGUGCUGUUGUGUCGUCCCAAGAUUCUAUUAGAAGACAAGGGUGAACAAGUAAAUUCAUGUAUUAUUUUAUGAAACUUGUGGUGCACUUUUGGGAGGAACUGACCGUAACAAUGGAAAAAAAGUAAUGAGGAUGACGACAGUGAUUGUGAUUCUUAUUGUUCCGAGCACGCGGCGUCUAUAUCGGGGUUGCGAGCGUCAGCAGGGUUGAAGCAGCUGCCGGGACCAAUCAAAAGCAGCGAGCCGGGAGUUGAAGCGCAGUGGAAAGAAAGAUGUGGCGCCGCAAAGGCAAACGCAAACAAUACGUGACGGUGAAGGACCUGCAGAACAUUCUGGACUCGUGCAAACUCCGCCUGGGGCACAUCGAUGAAGUCUGGCCCAACAUUUACAUCGGAAACGUGACAGUGGCGCAGACCAAGACGGCGCUGCUGGAGCUGGGCAUCACGCACGUGCUGAACGCGGCGCACGCCAAGCCGGGCAGCGUCGGCGACCAGCGUUUCUACGGCGCCGACUUCGAGUACUGCGGCAUCCCCGCCGACGACUCCGCCCACUUCGACCUGGACGUCUACUUCAGACCCGCCGCCGACUUCAUACACAAGGGACUCAAGUCGCCUCGUGGCAAAGUUCUGGUGCACUGCAUGAUGGGAAUGAGCCGCUCGUCCGCGCUGGUGCUGGCCUACCUGAUGAUCUACCGCCGCCUCAGCCUGGAGGAGGCGCUGCGGCGGCUGGUGCGCAAGAGGGCCAUCUACCCCAACCGCAACUUUCUGGCGCUGCUCCUCGACCUCGACCUCCACCUGCAGCGUGACGGCCGCCGCCGCCGGCGCCGCCGUCUCUGUCUCAUCUUGUGAGCCGGCUGGAAAACAGCCAAACAAAGUCAUUUCAAAUACCAACGUAUCCACAGAAAAUCAUUUUCAAUAGCAGGACUUUCAAUAGCCACACAUCAUGUGAAAUUAUUUCAAAUAUCAAGACAAUCAAAAAUGUUCACUAAUCUACAUACACAAAUAGAACAAAAAUCUGAAUCUAUCCAGCUGGAAAAUGUCAAGACAAAUUGAUUUAGUUGAUCAUUUUAAAUACCGUAUUUUCCGGAGUACAAGUCGUAAGUGAAUGCAUUUCCAUCCCAUUCAAACAUUUUGCAUUUCCAGCAUUUUGUCCUUAAAUUCAACUUAGUCACUUUGUGAAAAUGGACCAACUGCAUAAUUGUGUCCAAACCCUCACCCUUUAUUUCCCUGCAUUUUAUUUUGA